AUGGGGGACAGAGAAGAGGAGGGAGAUGACUUUUGUCACCUGGAGGAGGAUGAAGGUGUGGGAAGCAGCUUCAUCAUUGCGUUGCACUACAGUUCCACGGAAAACAGGUGCAAUCCCUUUAUAUACAAAGGCUCAGGGGGCAACGCCAAUCGUUUCCUAAGGGAACAAGACUGCAUGAGGAACUGCUCGGCCAUAGUAGACGGAUACUACCCCACAGACGCAACGACGACUUGUCUCUUGAAGAAGACCGAUGGUGGAUGUAGCGCCCGAUUUCUGAGAUACUACUAUGAUUCUGUUCAUGGCAAAUGCAAAAAAUUCCUCUGGACCGGGUGCCAUGGAAACGGAAAUCGAUUUUUUGACCAUGACAGCUGCAAUGCCACCUGUGCUGGUGUCCAUGAUGACCGUGAGGAAGAAGAGGAGGAUGAGCCAGACACCCCGAUUGCAAUCAUCUGCGGGGUCUUGCUUGCCGUCAUCAUUAUUUCCAUCUUCACUACGGUCAUCGUCCUGACUGUCCAGUCAAACCAGAAACAGAAGAAGACCACAGCAAGAAGUAAAGAUGGACAGCCGGAUGCUCCUCUGAGGAGCCAGAGUCUAGAAAUGGCAUAACCCUACACUUAAACCAAUUUACAUUUAUUAUACUUAAACAAUUUGAACAGUUUUUUAUACCGUAUUUUUCGGACUAUAAAGGCGCACUUAAAAUCCUUUCAUUUGCUCAAAGCUCGACAGUGCACCUUAUAACCCGGUGCGCCUAAUGUACGAAAUCAUUUUGGUUGUGCUUACCGACCUCACAGCUAUUUCGACUCAAGUAAACAGCACCAAAGUUGUAUAUGUUCCAUUGAAAAUUAUAGAACAUUACACACGGCGCUCAAAAAUCUAUCAAAAUGUUUUAGUAGGACUUUGGUAAGCUAUGAAGCCACACCGCUUGAUGGAUUGUACUGUGCUUCAACAUACCAGUAUUAUUAUGCUGUGUGUAUAAGGUAAGACAUAUUAUCUGGCGUUUUGUUUCGCAAUAUUAUGCAAAAGCAACUUUUCUGACCUUCUGGUAUCUGCUGAUCUGCAUUUGGGAUCUGCGUAAGUCCUGAAAUUUUGCGCACGUCCGCCUUUGUAGUCCGUACAGACGCCUUAGUUCAG